UUUUGUAGUUAGUUUUUGUGGCAUUUGUUUGUAAGAGAGUUGAAAUGAAAGAAGAAAAAGUUUUAUUAGUUUUGUGUAUAAUAUUGCUAAACGUCGAGUAUUAUGGUGUUUUCUCAUUUGUCUCAACAAAAAUAAAAUUACCAAAAUACACCACAUCGUCAUCCUUCCAAAUACGAUCUUUUAAUGGUGGAUUUUCGCCAUUGUUUUCGUCCAACGGCCUUCCUUCGUUGUUCCCUUCUAGUGAAUUUUCUUCGUUCCCGUCGAUAGACCAUUUAGGCUUCGAUAUAGAAAAAAACUUUGAGAAAACCUUUAAACCUAUGAAACUGACUCAAGCUAAAACAUCGAUGGGAAACGGAAUCGGAGGGGUCACAAUCAUCGACGCUGGCGGAAAACAGUUGAUCAAAAAAGAUGGUACACUUUUCGAAUGCUUUGGUGAAAUCUCCACUCGACAACCAUUUUGUUUGGGCGAACUUAGAAGAUUCCAAAUUAAGUCUCGGCAUGAUUUCUGCUAUUCUGAACAUUAUUCGAAAAUAAACAACUUUUUGUGUAUUGGACAGCCCGACCAUACUGGCAUAACUUUCAACUCUGUUAACGGGAAAUAUUCUUGUAGAGGUUCGGAUGAAAGACCGGCGAUUUUGAUGGCGAUUAACGAGUAUCAGAAUUUGUGUGGUAAAUUGCCGUGGGGUAACACUUAUUAUUAUUUCCCGGAUCAGACUCACCCUUUCCACGUGCAUUUGCCAGAUCCGAGUUUAAAAUGUAGGGAGAAUAGACCCGACGUCUGCGUUUUCAAAUUGGAACAUAAGUAAAAGCAUUUUUAAUAUGAGCGUUAGUAAUUGAUUCGACUUGAAAUAAAUAGAUUCACA